AAGAUGAAGAAGAAGCAGACGAAGAAGAAGAAGAAAACGACGAGGACGACGACGCAGACAGAAUUGCAGCAUUGUCUCCGCGUGACCCCUCCUAUGUGCAACAUUUAACCUUAGCCACCCGUUUUGUACUUUUAUUUGAAGAAAUACAACAUCUCCAGCUUCGUGCGAAACCUUCACGGUCCGUCAUCUUCGAAAGUUCCAGAGAAAGGCAUCAGUCGCAUCAGUGGUUGCCAUGGCGCUGAGACGAGGACACAUUAGGUACUUGAAGGUCUGCGAGGUGCAAUCGUCUCAGAACGACACCAGAGACUCCCAAGGAGCCAGUGCAAAGGAGAUGUACGACAACGGCUACAAUGACCAGAUGAUGGAGGACGACAACUCCAGAACCAACCUGAUCGUCAACUACCUGCCGCAGAGCAUGAACCAGGACGACCUUCGCACCCUGUUCAGUAACGUUGGCGAGUUGGAGUCGGCUAAGCUGAUCAGGGACAAAGUUGCAGGCAACAGUUUAGGUUACGGCUUUGUUAACUUUGUUAACGCUAGUGAUGCCGAGAGGGCAAUCAGUUCCCUCAACGGCCUGAGGCUACAGUCUAAAACUAUCAAGGUGUCGUUUGCACGUCCGAGCUCGGACACCAUUAAAGAUGCUAAUCUGUACAUUAGCGGUCUGCCACGCAAUCUGGGCCAACAGGAACUGGAAGACAUGUUUACUCCCUACGGACACAUCAUCAAUUCUCGGGUGCUGGUGGACCAGGCGUCAGGUGAUCACUCGCUCUGUCUGUCGCGGGGCGUGGCCUUCAUCAGAUUUGACAAAAAGGCGGAGGCCGAGGACGCCGUCAAACACCUGAACGGGUACACACCUGCCGGCAGCCUUGAGCCUAUCACGGUCAAGUUUGCCGCCAAUCCCAACCAGGCCAGGAACUCGCAGCUGAUGUCGCAAAUGUACCACGGCCAAUCGCGGCGUUUUGGAGGACCAGUGCACCACCAGGCACAGAGGUUCAGGUUCUCGCCAAUGAGUGUCGACCACAUGAGCGGAGGGGGCGGAGUUUCCGGGGGAUCGUCAGGCUGGUGCAUCUUCAUCUACAACCUGGGCCAGGAGGUGGACGAGGCCAUCCUCUGGCAGCUCUUCGGGCCUUUCGGCGCCGUUGUCAAUGUGAAGGUGAUCCGUGAUUUCAACACCAAUAAGUGCAAAGGCUUCGGCUUCGUGACCAUGACCAACUACGAGGAGGCCGCCAUGGCCAUCCAUAACCUGAACGGCUACAGACUGGGAGACAAAGUCCUCCAAGUGUCUUUUAAGACCAGCAAAGGUCACAAGUAGAGAACACUUCAGUGUUCAUGAGAAGGUUUAGCGAGUUUUGCAAAUGUUAUUGAAGCUUCUGAGCAGGUUUUGUUGUCCACCUCAUAAUUAUCUCAAACAUAUUUGACAGCUGUUUAGUCCAAAGUAAGGAUUGUCAGUGUAAGCUGUUUUUUUUUUGUCUCAUGGUGGAGAGAAUAAAGACUAUUUGUCUAAAUUGA